AUGUAUAAUGGUAGUCACACAUGUACCAGAGCCACAAUUUCUCAGGAUCAUUCUAAGCUGGAUUCGAUCACGAUUGCAGAAGCAACUAAGCCGUUGGUUGAGGUUGACCCCGCCUUAAAGGUAAAAUCGGUUAUAGCAGAGGUGCAACCGAAGUUCAACUACACUGUUAGUUAUCGGAAAGCAUGGUUGACUAAGCAAAAGGCAGUGGAAAAAAUAUUUGGAGGCUGGGAGGCAUUGUACGAAGCGUUGCCUAUAUGGUUUGAUGCCAUGUGUCACAAGGAGCCUUCAGCUGUUGUUCAUUUUGAGACUAUGCCUGCAUAUCAAGGCGAUGACUUGGUGACUGAUAUUCGGGUAUUGCAUCGUGUUUUUUGGAGUUAUUACCCCUGCAUUAGAGCUUUCAGACAUUGUAAGCCAGUUGUCCAGGUGGAUGGGACUCACUUGUACGGAAAGUACAAGGGUUGUCUACUAGUGGCAGUGUCACAGGAUGGCAACAACAAUAUCGUCUCAAUUGCGUUUGCAAUUGUGGAGGGAGAGACUUCAGAUGCGUGGCACUUUUUUCUGAGUAACCUUCGUCAGCACGUUGUCACUCGGGAUGGUGUGGGACUGAUAUCCGACCGUCACGAAUCCAUAAAUGCAGUUGUGGAAAGGAGUAACGGGGCUUGGUCACCUCCGAGAGCCUUUCAUAUGUUUUGCAUCAGAUAUUCGAGGACGGUGCGGGAGUACGAGGUGCGUUACCAACGUUUACGAGAACGGGGCGAGGGCUACACUGACUGGUUAAACCGAAUCCCCCGGGAACAGUACGCGUUGGCUUUUGAUGGUGGAUAUCGAUGGGGUCAUAUGACGACAAAUCUAGUGGAAUGCAUCAAUUCAGUAUUGAAGGGUGCACGUAAUCUCCCCGUGACUGCCCUUGUGAAGGUAACAUUCUACAGGCUGAACGAGUUGUUUACCCGAAAAAGAGCGGAGGCGGAAGCCCGUAUUAAUGCUGGCCAUGUGUUUUCUGAUGUCGUGACCUCGAAGUUGCAUGCAAACCAACUUGCAUUAGGAAACAUUCAGGUUAGUUGCUUUGACCGGCAGAAUGAGGUCUUUGAGGUGCGUGAGAUGCCAAGUGGACUGGAGUUUGCAGUGAAUCUACGUGGCCUUCGAUGUGACUGUGGUGAGUUUCAGGUGGACCGGAUCCCCUGUCGACAUGUGUUUGCAUGUUGUGCCAACCAACGACUGGAUUGGCAAGUAUAUGUUCAUGAUGUGUAUAAGAUGGACCAAGUUCGGCGGGUGUACCGAGCAAGGUUUAGGCCACUAGGUAACCCCACUACAUGGCCUGCUUACAACGGACCUCGGUUCAUCCCAAAUCCGUUCCUGAGACGCGUCACGAAAGGUCGCCCAAAAAUGACGCGCUUCUUGAAUUAG